UCCGGUCUCAGUUUCCGGUCCUGCUUCCGGUCAGACUCCCUGCGGGGCCACACUAGAAUCUGAUCCGGACCGUCGGUACCGGGUCCGAACAUGUCUGUCUCCGGGAUGAAGAAGCAGUUCCAUAAAGCCAGCCAGCUGCUGAACGAGAGGCUGUUGGGAGCUGAAGGAACCAGCCUGGAUGAGGACUUCCGGAUCAUGGAGCAGAAGGUGAAGAUGUUCAACGCUCUGCUGACCGAGCUGCUGUCCAGAACCACAGAACUCCUCCAGCCAAACCCAGCUCACAGAGUCAAACGGAGCGUCCUCAGCAGCGUGUCCAGGAUCACAGGACAGCGGAGGACCACAGGGUACCCGCAGGCAGAGGGCAUUCUGGGAAACUGCAUGAUGUCAUACGGCCAGAAGCUCGGACCCUCUGAGUUCGGUGACGCUCUGAUGGAAGUGGGCGGAGCUCUGCAGCAGAUUGGCGAGGCCAGAAAUGUUCUGGAGGUGUCGGUUAAACGGACCUUCAUGGACCCGCUUCAGGAGCUGCAGCACUCUGAGCUGAAGGAGAUCAAGUUCCAGCUGAAGAAGGUUCACAGCCGUCGGCUGGACUUCGACUACACGAGGAGACGAAGAGGGAAGGUGGUAUCAGCGGACGUGAGACAGACACGGGACAAGUUUGUCUCAUCCAAAGAGCUGGCUGAGAGGAGCAUGUUUGUCGUGCUGCACAACGACGUGGACCGGGUCUCUCAGCUGGCCGCUCUGGUCGCUGCGCUGCUGGACUUUCACCGUGAAGCUCAGCAGAUCCUGCUGGGUCUGCAUGACAACCUGCAGACCAGGUUGACUGCUGCCAGUAACAAACAGGCGCAGCGGUUCCGAUCCAAACAGAUCCAACUUCGAGGCGACCAGGCUGGUACCGCUGAGUUCUACCAGCAGCCGUCAGAACCAGCUCCACUUUCUGCAGCAGGGGAGCGGAUCACAGUGGUACCAUCCAGACCCGGCAGGCUCGUGCCCGCCGACACCAAGCCGAUCCCGGACACUCCGAUCCCGGACACUCCGGUCCCGGACGCUCCGGUCCUGGACGCUCCGGUUCUGGACCGGCCCUGCUGCCGGGCCGUGUACUCCUUCCAGCCGAGCCACGACGGCGAGCUGCAGUUCAGCGAGGGCGACAUCAUCGUCCUCACCGGCCGGGUCGACGCCCACUGGUACGAGGGCGCAGUCGGCGGCCGCUCGGGGCUGCUUCCUGUCAACUACGUGGACGUGCUGGUCCCGCUGCAGUGACGACGUCCCAUCAGACCCCGCCUGACUCCUGACGAUAUGCAAGUUUUAUUUAUUCAGAUUUUACAUAAAAUCAUUUAAAACUGAUUAAACUUGAAUGUUUUUAUUCUGUGAAAGAUGAUUUCUCUGCUCUUCAUCACCAGCUGAUGAUGAUGAUGAUG